GGUCGCAUGGCAGAGGGAAGUCCAACCACUUCUGUACUGGAACCAAUGCAAGAAUAUGCACCUCCAUAACAAAGCCUGUAUGGAGUCCUGAGAGCAGUGGGGGGAGAGAAAAAGAAGCUGCAAAUUUAUGGGCUGCUAGAAACAGAUCUUAUACAGGGAGGAUCUAAGUUGGAGGUUUGCUUUUAUUUGUUCUGGAAAAAACGGGAUAGUUUUUCUGUGUUUUUUGCCAACACGUGUGUAUCCAUGAAAUUUGUUGUCUCCGUUGUGAGUGAGUAAGUGUUUCGCAUCCUGGUGCGGGGCUGUGAGGAGGACUGCGCAUCACCAGAGUUGGUGCCGAAGUUCGGCCGCGAACGGAUGUGAGGGAAGAGUGUACCGAGUGAAACUCCCCCACUUGUUUUCUGCCUCUUCUGCUCCGGCGUUGUGUUUGCUGAGACAAUAGUGAGUCAAAGACGCUGAAAGUGAUUUCAUGCCUUCAGUCUCGCACAACCUGAGAUGGACGUGAGAUUUUAUCCUGCGCCCCCGGCAAAUGUGGGUUCAUGCUCCCUACCGACUGAUCCAAGUUGUCUGAGCUCGUUGGACUAUUACCACUCGAACAAGGCCCGGUACAGUGUGGGUGAACGAGGGGUUAGGCUCCACACUGCCCCCCCUCCAGGCAUCAAUCCAGCUAGGAAAAGACUGCCCACUGCUGUGUUUGAUGGUGACAACAUGUACAUGAAUGACAAUAACCAAGAGUUUCGGUCACCAAACCAGAGCUACUCCAGUCAGGGCAGAGGCAGCAGCGGCGGAGGAGGCGGAGGAGGAGGAGGAGGAGCAGGGGAUGAAGACUACGAGAUCCCCCCCAUCACACCCCCCAACCACGCCGACCCCUCUCUGCUGCACCUCAUGGAGCACGAGUCAGGUUACCCCUUCCAUUCCCUGCCUCACAACGGCCUGCUCAACACCUACUCCUACCCCGAGCUGCCCGCCCUCAUGAUGUCCAACAUGCUGGGUCAGGACACCCACCUCCUCUCGGGGCCUAUGCACUCAAUAAGCGGUGAGAAGCGAGCCUCAGCGGAAAUGAUGAAGCCCAAACCCAAACCUCAAAAGAAGAAGAAGAAGAAGGACCCCAAUGAGCCGCAGAAACCUGUGUCGGCCUACGCGCUCUUCUUCAGAGACACCCAGGCGGCCAUCAAGGGCCAAAAUCCCAACGCCACCUUCGGGGACGUCUCCAAGAUCGUGGCCUCCAUGUGGGACAGCCUAGGAGAGGAACAGAAGCAGGGGUACAAGAGGAAAACCGAGGCGGCUAAGAAAGAGUACCUGAAAGCCUUGGCCGCGUACCGAGCCAGUCUGGUUUCCAAGACAUACAACGACCCUGAACCAAAAAGUGCCCAGCAGACCAGCCAGCCCUCCCACCUGCUGCCCCCGAAGCAGCCUCUGUACAGCGUGCCCCCCCAGCCCUCCUCACCCUACCUGGGCCCGCCGGGCUCCUUCCCCCUGUCAGACCUCCAGAGCUACGCAGGGCCGCCCCGCCACACCCUGGCCCAGACCCUCAGCCAAUCGCAGAUGCUGCCGCCCAGCAUGAGUGCCUCUCCCCCAGCUCCCUUCCAGAUCAGCCCACCUCUGCAUCCCCAUGCUCAACUCUCCCUGCAUCAGAGCUCCCUGCUCAACCAGCCAAUCCGCAUGCAGCAGUCGCAGCCAAUCAUCUCACACCAAAUGGGGCUCCAGGCGCCGCUGCACUCCCCUCCUCUCAGCCAACAGGGAUUCUCCCAUAUUCAGGCUGAUUACCAGAACAGUGUUGGGGGCUCACAGUCUCCAGGGGCCCCUAACCCAGUGCACGGCCAGAACCCUGACUGGGACAGCGAGUACUGCAACAGGGACUGUGGACCCAACCACUGCGGCAGUGGCAUGGGAGCUCGGGACAAGCCUCUCUACCUCACUUGAAGUUGAAAGACCUCCAAAUGUCAGACUCCAGGGAGCUUUCCACCAUAACAACGACGUCAUCGAUGUAUCUGCUUCAACACCAUUUCGGUUUUUCUUUUCUUUUUUUUUUUCUUUUUUUGUGACGGAUUUCGAAAAUCCCAAAGACUGCUACAGUAACUUCACCUAUUUGCCAAGCACUUAGAUCGGCCAGAAGCCCAAGGCACUUGUCUUGCUUUUUUUUUUUUUUUUUUGUUCAGCUUCUUUCCCUUAUCAUUGAACUUGAUUUUUUUUUUUGCGGGGGCAGUGAGCUUUAAGCUCAUGCCAACAUACUGGAAAUGAAGACCAAAAAAAAAAAAAAAAAGUCUUCUCAUUCUGUUUUGAAUUUUUUAAAGAUGCUCUCUCUCUACUCUUCACUCCAUUACCCUGUGUUUGCCAUGGACUGCCCUCAUCGGGGAGGUGAAAUGCUCUAAGCAUACUCAAAGCGUAGGGGUCUUGGGUAGAAAAGCUAAUGCAGGAAACUAGAAUAUAGUCACCUCAGCAGGGGUGGAUGUACUUCAGGACAGACUGAAACACCCCGACUGAGUAAAGCAAAGCAAAAUUAUAAUGAAGAUAGUCACAUACACUUAAGACAUUUGUAAAUCAUCCUCGCCCCUAGUAAAGGACUCCCUUCUUUUCCUUUCUUUCUCACAGAGUGAUUGUAAAUAUCACCAAAAUGGAUCCCUCUUAUGUGUGUAUUUAGCUGCAGUCCCUUGCUUUCUUUUUUUUGUUUUUUGUUUUAAACAUCCUUUUCGUUUGGUUAUGUGAUUUUCGUGCAGGCGGAUUCAGUGAGGGAAUACACACACUAAAAGUUGUGUUGAAACUGUGUUCACUGGUCUUGUUUCUCUCCAAAUGCGCGAGAGAGAGAGAAAUGCAAAGACUGUAAAACGCUCCAUUUCCUCCUCAAACUGGCGGAGCUCUGAUAGAGAGUGUCGCUCUCUUCACACGGCCUCAGGACGUUACAGAACUGUAGAGGUCAAAGGUUGAUACCUCUCCUUUUAGCUCCUCCUCCUCUCGGGUCAAUAAGGGCCACAACCCCACCUAUCCCCCCUCCUCCUCCCACCUGUAACCCCGCCCACGUACCCGUAGUCCUGACACCACUUGUACAGGUGAAUAAAGAAAAAAAAAAAAGUUGCUAAAUGUGAAAUGUUACUAAAGAAAAAAAAACAUAACAGUGGGUUUUAAAGUUUUUGACUAGUUUUAUUAGGUGUUUUAGAAAUUGUGUUGAACUCAUCUUUAUCAUUUUUUGUGAAGAAAAAAAAAAUUCCGAAGAUAUUUUGUUUUUCACUGUAGCAGGAUUUGCGUUUCGGAGGAGCAGUCAUGGGGGUAGAUAUUUUAAGUUUGUGUAUAAACCUGCCAAAUGUAUUUCUUUGAUUUGUAAAGCCAGUGAUGAGAGAACCCAUUUUGUUUUUGUUGAGUAUCAUUUGUUUUACAAUAUGGUCAUUCUAUUUAAUUUGGUUGCAGGUUUCACAUCUAUUUAUGAAUGAUAUGAAGUAACAUUUUGGCUUAUUUUCAUCAGGGUGCAUUAUUAUUAUGAUUAUUAUUAUUAUUAUUAUUAUUAUUGAUUAAAACAACAUUAUUAGAAUAAUAAAUAUUUUUUCAGAAAUUGUUGUUGGUGCAGAACCAGUGCACCAGCAUUAGAUUCAUUUUGUGUCACAAAUACUUCUUUUGUUUUCUUUUGUCUGUAAUAAAAUGUUUAAAGUGGA